CUGGCUGGAGGCCUGUCUGAGUGAGGAGCUGCCCCCUCCGAUGGAGCUGGAAGAGACCCUGCGCAAUGGGGUGGUCCUGGCCAAGCUGGGCCAUUGCUUUGCCCCCACCGUGGUCCCUCUGAAGAAGAUCUAUGACCGUGAACAGACACGGUACAAGGCAGCCGGGCUCCACUUCCGGCACACGGAUAACAUCAACUACUGGCGGGAUGCGAUGAGCCACGUGGGGCUCCCCUCGAUCUUCCACCCAGAGACCACCGACAUCUAUGAUAAGAAGAACAUGCCCCGGGUGAUCUAUUGCAUCCAUGCACUCAGCUUGUACCUCUUCAAGCUGGGGCUGGCUCCUCAGAUCCAGGACUUGUACGGGAAAGUGGACUUCACAGAGGAAGAGAUCAACAACAUGAAGCGGGAGCUGGAGAAAUAUGGCCUGCAGCUCCCUGCCUUCAGCAAGAUCGGGGGCAUUUUGGCCAACGAGCUCUCUGUGGAUGAAGCAGCAGUGCACGCUGCCGUGCUGGCCAUCAACCAAGCAGUGGAGCAGGGGGUGGUGGCCCACACCAUGGACGCCCUUCGCAACCCCAGCGCGAUGCUGCUCGGCCUGCGCCAGGAGCUGGCGGGUGCCUACCAGGAGGUGCUGCGCCGGGCGAAGCUGGAGAAGGGCAGCAAUGCCAGGAACAGGGUGAGGAGGGGAGAGGACAUCUACGACCACUGUUUGACCCAGGCUGAGAUCCAAGGGAACAUCAACAAAGCGAAUGUGUACGCAGCUCUGGAGGAGGUGGACGAUGCCCUGGAGCAGCAGGAUGUGCUGGCGUUCUACCGUGCGCUCCAGGACCCCGUCCUGGCCCUGCGCUGCCUCCAACGCGACAACCUCCACCGCUACUUGGAGCAGCUCAACAUGGACCGGGAGCAGAAGGCGCUGGAGCUGGGCUAUGUGGACCUGCUGGAGCAGGAGGAGCUGCAAGCUGGGAUCCUCAUGGCGAACAGGAAGGGCGAGGAGGAGCGAGCCAUGCUAGUGGCCAUCAGGCGGAUCAACGCAGCCAUCCGCCAUGGAAAACCAGCCGAAACCUUGGAAGCGCUGAUGGAUCCCACAGCCCAACUGCCCGACGUGUACCCGCUCGCUGCCCCCCUGUACCAGCACCAACUGGCCCUGCUGCAGAGCCAGCACCCGCGGGGUGAGCUGGUGCAGGAGGAGCUGUUUGUGGCUCUGGAGAUGCUUUCGGCUGUGGCGUUAGUUAACAGAGCCUUGGACGCUGGAGACCCCGACGGGCUCUGGAGCAGCCUGGUCAGCUCUGCCCUGGGGCUCGCUGGUGUUGAGGAUGCAAACGCCCAGCGGUAUUUUGAGGACUUACUGCAGCUCAAAGGUCAAUGUCGGGCCGCAGGAGGAGAGUUCUUGAGCUGGAACGACAUCCAGGACAGCGUGAAUGCCACCAAUUCCUCAGUGCAAGAUGAAAACGACCGAAUCGUGGCUGUGAGGCUCAUCAAUGAGGCGCUGCUGCAGGAGGACCCCGAGAAGACGCUGUCGGCGCUGCUGCUGCAGGCGGCUGCCCUGCCCCACGUCGCCCUCCCCACUGCCCAGCGCUACCACCAUGUCCUGGCCCGGGCACGGAGGAUGAAAGCCCAGGCCACAGGGGAUGAGGGAGCUGUGCUCUGGUGGGAAGAGAUCCAGGAAGGGGUCUGCAAGGCCAACGAGGACACUGAGGCAGCCAGGAGGAUGGCUCUGGGCAUCACUGCCAUCAACCAGGCCAUCAAGGAGGGGAAGGUGACCCAGACCCUGCGGGUGCUGCUCAACCCCGCAGGUACAACGAAGCCGUGCUGGAUCCGGCACAGGCUGGCGGAUGGUGCCGAGUUCUACCUGAGCCUGCGGAGCUUCGAGGGCAGUUGGCAGCACCCACCUGAUGGUGGCAUCAACACCACGCACCUGAGCCGGGACGAGAUCCAG